GUCAGGCUCCACCUCGCGCCCCGACCCUUCUCAACCUCAUUCCUGGGUCCUGAAGGCUGCGAGGUUCCCGGGGAUGGAGGGCCGGCUCUUCUAGGAUCUCCGCCGAGCGCGCGGCGGGCGGGGGGCCUAGGGAGCGGCCGGGAAAAUGUGACCCCGGAAGCAGUCGCGGCGCCAGCGGCCGCGUCUUCGGUUGCCAGAGCGCCGCCCCGGAAGUAGAGCGCGGCGCGCGGCGGGCCGGUCCGCGGGGCGGCGAGCGGCGUCCUGCUGCCGGCGCCGGAGUGGGGCUGGAGGCGGGGCCGGGGCCCGGCGCGGGGCCGCCCUGCCCGGUGAGGUCCCGCAGGAGGAAGUAACAGGAAGACCAUCUGACGUCAGGUAAGAACCCGCAGCACGAGUCACUGAAGGAGAGAAAUUGGACGUUCCUGUUGGCUCCAUAAGUACCUAUGGCACAGUGCUAGGCCCUGGGCACGAAGCAGCGAGGAAGAAGGCCGGCCCCCUUGCCCUCUAGCUGGGACAGAACUGCAGGAGUGCUGAGGGGCUGUGUGCCUGUGUACCUGGCGUCAGGGAGGCCUUGUGGAGGAGGUGACAUUCGCUUAUGCUGGCAGGAUUAUGGCAGGGAAAGUGAAAUGGGUCACUGAUAUCGAGAAGUCGGUGCUGAUAAAUAACUUUGAAAAGAGAGGAUGGGUCCAAGUGACAGAAAACGAAGAUUGGAACUUCUACUGGAUGAGUGUGCAAACCAUCCGAAACGUUUUUAGUGUCGAAACUGGCUAUCGGCUCUCAGACGAUCAAAUAGUCAACCAUUUUCCGAACCACUAUGAACUGACCCGGAAGGAUCUGAUGGUGAAGAAUAUUAAAAGAUACAGGAAGGAGCUGGAGAAAGAAGGGAGUCCCCUGGCAGAAAAAGAUGAAAACGGGAAAUACCUCUAUCUGGACUUCGUUCCGGUCACCUACAUGCUGCCCGCGGACUACAACCUGUUCGUGGAGGAGUUCAGGAAAAGCCCCUCCAGCACCUGGAUCAUGAAACCUUGUGGCAAAGCCCAGGGAAAGGGCAUCUUUUUGAUCAACAAGCUCUCGCAGAUCAAAAAGUGGUCCCGGGACAGCAAAACAUCUUCGUUUGUGACCCAGUCCACCAAGGAGGCCUACGUGAUCUCCCUGUACAUUAACAACCCGCUGCUGAUCGGCGGGAGGAAGUUUGACCUGCGCUUGUACGUGCUGGUGUCUACGUACCGCCCACUGCGCUGUUACAUGUAUAAACUUGGAUUCUGCCGCUUCUGCACGGUGAAGUACACCCCAAGCACCAGCGAGCUGGACAACAUGUUUGUUCAUCUCACCAACGUCGCCAUCCAGAAGCACGGGACUCUUCUGUUUGGAUCUUGCUUGAUUGGAGGCCUUGAGUAUCCUGGUCCUUUUUGUAUAAUUGGAGUGGAAAGAGGGGUGCAUUGCCUGGGGCCCCGUGUCCUUUCCCGUCGCCAGGAGGACUACAACCACAUCCACGGGGGCAAGUGGACGGUGAACAACCUGCGGCUAUACCUGGAGAGCACCCGAGGCAAGGAGGUGACCGGCAAGCUGUUCGACGAGAUCCACUGGAUCAUCGUGCAGUCGCUGAAGGCCGUGGCGCCGGUGAUGAACAACGACAAACACUGCUUCGAGUGCUAUGGCUAUGACAUCAUCAUCGACGACAAGCUGAAGCCCUGGCUGAUUGAGGUGAACGCGUCCCCGUCUCUCACCUCCAGCACCGCCAACGACCGAAUCCUUAAGUAUAACCUGAUCAAUGACACCCUCAAUAUCGCAGUCCCUAAUGGCGAGAUUCCAGACUGUAAAUGGAACAAAUCACCCCCGAAGGAAGUUCUUGGCAAUUACGAAAUUCUAUCAUGCGCUUUCCUACACAGGCCUGGUGUGCGAAUGUUAAUGGAGAGGGGCAGCUAUGAUGAGGAGCUGGCGCAGGGCGACGGGGCCGACCGGGAGCUGAGAAGUCGCCAGGGCCAGUCGCUGGGGCCCAGAGGGGGCCGAUCGAGAGACUCGGGGAGAACCGUCCUCACAACCUGGAAGUGACCACCAGGAGGCGCAGAAGACCGCAGCCCGACCCUCCCAAAUGCUCCCCGCACCUGGGCCUAUUUUGAAAUUUCCUUUUUUCUAGAGCUUUUUUUCCUUUCGUAAGCCCUGUAAAUAAAUAAAGGCACUUCUUUGAAAGGUUAAGGAGUGUCUCACGAGGGAGAGGGGCCCUGCUUCUCGGUCACUCUCGCACGGUACUGCGGGCCCCAGACGGGGGGAUUUUUUCCCACCCCAAGCGAUUCUGCGCGUCUCCGGCUGGUGCUGGGUGUCCCACGAUUUAACUCAACUCUGACACCAUCUGCCUGGAGAUGGCGUCGGAUCCCACGGGGGAAGGGCCCACGUCCCGCGAGACGGCCCCUCCCGCGCCCCCACUGAUGCGCUUUUGAAGUGACGGUGGGGGUCCGGGGCCCACGGCCAAGAAAGAAUUCUUGAGACGUCUUUGGUGCGAAAAGGUGAUUCUGUUAAAGCACGUGGACAGGACCCUGGGCAGAAAGCUGCGCUGGGGUCGUGAGGCGUGACUGGUUCUAUACCAGAGUUAGGGGAGGUGAGGGAAGGCCAAAGGGAGGCCUCCAAAAGGACUUUCAGGGACGCCUGGGUGGCUCAUUCGGUGAAGCGUUCGACCUUGGCUCAGGUCA